AUGGCUACUCACGGCCUCCUCCUACGUCUAUUCACAAGUCCGACAUUCUUCUCGGUUCACGUUGCUUUGCGCUAUCUCAAUGCCUACCCCGACCAUAUUGGCAUUUCCUAUUAUCUUACCAGACGGUUGCGCCAACUAGACACGAGUGAACUCCGGGAUGUUUUGGGAUUCAUUUGCCACCUCCUGGUUACACGCCCGUCGCGUUCUCGAGCAUUAGAGGCAUUUGUGGUUGACAUAUCUCAGCGGUCCACCCAUCUUGCCAUGAAUACUUUAUGGUUUAUGCAGGCUGCUCUUCGCGAUCUGUCUUCCUCUUCAAAUCGGUCUCAGUCUUUCUUCAUCUGUCAGCGAGUCCUACACAAAUGCCACGAAAUUAUCUUCUCUGAUCUACCACCUCUCGCCGUUGCACCCUAUUCUGGUCUGAGUCUCCCCUUCCAAAAUCGGUUACUCCGUCGGAAAGUCAAGCCUCAUUUUGAGCCUGCAGUCAUUGGCAUUUCCAUGAUUCUUGCCGGAGUCCCUGGCCUGCCCCAGCUUACUGAUAUCAUGGGAGAUGUUGCGGUUGAACAAGGGCGCGUUGAAGAGGAGGGCAGUCAGUUGAAGAGCAUCGAAUCUCACGAGGAUGAUGUCGCGUCAUUUGGAAGUCCCAGCAGUGUAGCUCUUUCUCUGGAUGAUGAGGACGAGGCAGACGAGCAUGAAGUGGGAGUUGGAUACGCACCCCAUGCUUCUACGCCAGAACUCGGUCUAGCGAAUGGUCACAUCCCAAGACGUCGGAAAACGAUAGAAGCAGCACAAACCGCCCCUGCACUCCCUCUACACCUCCGCAACAUCAGACGGUCAAGACAAUCAGAAGAUCCUUUAGGCCAACUCGACGCAGAAUUCAUAGCUACGCCAUACCAGUCUUCCCCAUCGCUGUCCGUGUCUUCGUCCCGAUUCCCUCCGAGAUCAGCCUCAGUGAGUAUGGGGGAUGCAUUAUUAGGCAACUACGACACACCCUCACAAGUGCACCUUCUCAGAAGUCAUUACUGUCGAUCAGAGAUUCAAUUUCUCCUGACGCUAGAAAAUAUCUGCAAAAGGUUGGUCGUCGUUCCACGGCCAGCUCGUGUCAGUGCUCUGAGGGCCGAACUUACCGCUUUGAACCAUAAGCUUCCAGCGGAGGUUUGUAUGCCAAUGUGGUGCUCCUCUGCUGACUCACCCCGGCCAAACGGUGUCCCUCAUCCUCAUCACCGUAUAGUACGGAUACCACCGGGCGAGAGCGUUGUCCUCAAUUCCGCGCAACAUGCUCCAUAUCUUCUCAUAAUUGAACUUCUGAACGACGACCUUGACUUUGACCCAAGCAAACGCGGCAAUAAAGAAGUCCUCAAAAAGAUUGUGGUCAAGGAGAACGAGCGGAAAGGCGCAUCGGCAGAUCUCAUACCUUUCCACGCUCCAGGCCGACCCACCAAACUGGACAUAAUGAACGAUGCAGACGAUGCCAUAGCCAACCAUGCUGACCAUACCUCCAAUCAAGUCGUUCAAAGUCCAGCGGACGCUGACGAGGAAGAAGUCGAUCUUGUCGAGCAGUUGUACGGUGCUGACCAAUCUCUCCGAUUCCAACCAAUAGACCUCUCUGAUUCCAUUGUUCUCCCCCCCGCGCCGAAAAACAAAGACUUGGAUAUGGCCGCAUGGUCUCGCGCGACACCACCAUCUUCCCCGGGUUUCGAUUCUCCAUCUAUCUCUCGCUCAACUUCGCAUACAUCCAGCAUUUUACCCGACGAACCAGCCCCUGUGAUAACACUCGAUGAGUAUUCCGAGCGCAUGCGGACAGCAGCAAUCAUGCUUGCCCAACUCAAUGCCAACUUGGCCCACCAAUCCUCAGGACAUCUCCCUGUCGCGCUGCCUAACGUGACUGCACCUUUGCGGUGGAUUCCUGGCUCGAGUUGGAUUGUCAGCGGCGACCAGGGCUCAAAUGACACGCAUAACGCAGGACGAAUGCGUUUGCAACACUCUGAAGCUGCUGGUAUACGAGAUCGUAUUAUGAAGGAGAUGAUUGAUUUGGAGGAAGAACGAAUGGAAAGGAUGAAGGAGAAUCGUGAAGACCGUGGGACAAUGCGCAUCGGAGAUCUCAGCGGAGGUCUGAAGACCCUUGAGGACGAGGGCAUCAUUCGCCGUGAGCUGAACAAAGCCGAUCCCUCUGCCGUCGUCUUCAGCGAAUCUUGGGCCGCCAAGAAGAGUCGAAUACGACAGGGCUCUCCCUAUGGUCAUCUAGCUAACUGGGAUUGUGUUUCGGUCAUCGUCAAGACUGGUGCAGAUUUGCGGCAAGAACAGCUUGCUGUCUCGUUAAUACGUGAAAUCCAACGCAUAUGGGAAGAAGAGAACUGUGCCUGCUGGGUUCGAUAUUUUCGAAUCAUGAUCACCGGAGCAGCGUCGGCGUUGGUCGAAACAAUCACCGAUGCUGUAUCCAUCCAUUCGAUCAAGAAAGCGGAAUACGCUCGUCGUUUAGCAGAGGGUCGUCUCGGUCAUGUGACCCUGUUAGACCAUUUCAAGAACACAUACGGCGACCCUUCAUCGGCAAAGUUUCUCAGGGCUCAACGUAACUUUGUCAAGUCUCUUGCUGGUUAUUCUGUUGUCACAUAUCUACUGCAAGUCAAGGAUAGGCACAAUGGUAAUAUUCUUUUGGAUCGCGAUGGUCGCUUGGUACACAUUGAUUUUGGGUUUAUACUCAGCCAAUCGCCCGGAAAUAUUGGCUUUGAGGCUGCACCGUUCAAGCUUCCUCUUGAAUACGUUGAACUCAUGGGGGGUGUUGAUGGUCCGAUGUAUCAUGAAUUCCGGCGCAUAUUCCGUGAGGGCUUUGAAGCAGUCAGAAAGCACGGAGACCGCAUCAUCACUCUUGUUGAACUUAUGCAGAAGGGCACAUUCCACCCUUCCUUGCUUCGCUGCACUUGGAGAACAAACCGCGAAUCAUCUGAAGGACCGUUUACAGCCUACCAUGACACACUCAUUGGUUGGCGAGGGGGCUGGGGAGCGAGCACAAAUACUCUUGGGUUUCCGUCUGUUCCGAUCGCGUUUUUCAAGUGUCACAAUCACGAGAGGAGCGUGACCCUCCGUCCUGUCAGCGUUUUUAUGGAUUCCAUCGAGUCGUCGCCGCCCGCGUCUCUGCGGUAUUCCUACUUCACGGCGCUCAAUCCCCUGUUCAAUGCCUACGACCGAUUCGCUUUGUGGCGCGCAGACUUGGGGCUGCCUUCCCCUGGUACAGUAGAGAACCUACAAAAAGAAACAAAAUCCACACAUUUGUCCAACUUCAUCUUCGACGGGGCACGCGCCGACCUCACCAAGAGCUUUUCAAUAAGCCCGCUCUUCCAAGUGACCCACUCAUUUGCCCUUGGCUCACAAACAGCACCUCCGUCAUACAACUUUGGUGGAAUUUUCGCCAGCCCAAAGGUUUUCCUACAAGGAGGCGUUGACCAUGACGGCAAUGUUAGCGGUCGUUGGAAUUACGGUUGGACGCAAUCGUCCGUCACGAAAAUACAGACCCAGCUAUCAUCACAAGUUGGCCACAACAUGAUACAGCUUGAACACGACAUUCAGGCUGCGGACUUGAGUUUGAAUGCGAAAGCCAUUAACCCCUCCCCCACUGACGGAACCGGCAUAUAUGUCGGUAGCUACCUCCAGUCCCUCACCAAAAACCUUGCCCUUGGCGUUGAGGGUAUCUACCAACGACCGACGCCCGGUGUUUCUGAACUCGCGCUUGCGUAUUUGGGCAAAAUCACGAGCACAGACAAAAGCUGGAUUGCAACAGCACAAACGCAAGGCUUGGGGGUACUCCAGGCCACUUACUGGCAAAAGCUGAGCGAAAAGGUCGAGGUUGCAGCUGAGUUACAGCUCAUUGCCCUCCCAACGCGUAGGGAGGCAAUUACCACGAUUGGGGCAAAAUACGAUCUUCGAUUGGCUACCUUCCGAGCCCAGGUAGAUUCUACCGGAAAGGUUUCAGCAUUGCUAGAGCAGCGCUUCACGCCCACAUUUGCCUUCCUUGUUGCUGGGGAGAUCGAUCACUUCAAGAACUCGGCCAAAGUUGGCGUCGGCGUUAUGAUCGAGAGCUCGACACUGACACCUGAGGAGAUGGCUGCUAUGGCUCCUCCUUCAUAG